AUGGAAAGGGAGUCACAAAAAACCAAUCAUUGGAUUGUGAGGCGUGCAUGUGAAUAUGACUAUGAGGUGAAACAUACUUCACUCAAUGGAGAAAAAUAUAUUGUCAACCUUUACAAGAAAGAAUGCUUAUGUAGACUAUGGAUGCUGACUGGACUUCCUUGUUGUCAUGUAAUGUCUUGCAUGAAAGAUCAACAUUUGGAGAUUGGUGACUUUGUACCUGACUGUUACCAGAAGGAACAAUAUGCUGCUUGCUAUGAACAUGUGAUAUAUCCACUUAAUGGGGAAGUCUUGUGGGCAAAGACUAGUGUUAUUGAUCUUCAACCACCACCAAUAAAGAAGCAGCCUGAAAGGCCAAAGAAAAAAAGGAAUAUGGAAGCUGGAGAGAUGGUGAGGAAUGAGACACACAUGAAGAUGGAAAGACAUGGUAUAAAGUGUAGUCGUUGCCACAAGGAUGGUCACAACAAGGCCACUUGUAAACAACCACAACCACAAGCUAGUUCAAGUCAGGUAUAA